AAGAAUUACGGAAGCUGAGCUGGUCUGGAAUCCCAAAGCCAGUUCGUCCAAUGACAUGGAAGCUUCUCUCAGGUUAUCUUCCUGCCAAUGUUGACCGGAGACCAGCCACACUGCAGAGAAAGCAGAAGGAAUACUUUGCUUUCAUUGAACAUUAUUACAACUCAAGGAAUGAUGAAGCUCACCAGGACACAUAUCGCCAGAUCCACAUUGACAUCCCUCGGAUGAGCCCCGAAGCACUGAUUCUUCAACCCAAGGUGACAGAGAUUUUCGAAAGGAUCUUGUUUAUAUGGGCUAUCCGACACCCUGCCAGUGGAUACGUUCAGGGGAUAAACGACCUGGUCACUCCGUUCUUCGUGGUCUUCAUUUGCGAGUACAUAGACCAGGAGGACGUGGAUGAGGUCGAUGUCUCCAGUGUGCCGGCAGAGGUGCUUCGCAACAUUGAGGCUGACACCUAUUGGUGCAUGAGCAAGCUGCUGGAUGGCAUUCAGGACAAUUACACCUUUGCCCAGCCUGGGAUUCAAAUGAAAGUGAAGAUGCUGGAGGAACUUGUAAGCCGGAUUGAUGAGCGAGUCCAUCGCCAUCUGGACGGGCACGAAGUGCGAUACCUGCAGUUUGCCUUCCGCUGGAUGAACAACCUGCUGAUGAGGGAACUGCCCCUGCGUUGCACCAUCCGUCUAUGGGACACCUACCAG